GAUUACUAUAAUUUACAAGUACCUAGUUACCUACAAACAUACUAUUUAAGCUAUUAGUCAUAACAUUAUUAGUCAAUGUUUUUUUACUAAUUUUUGUUUAAAUUUGUUUUAUGAAAAAAGAGUUUAAUCUAAAAAUGAAUUUUUUUAGAAAGGCGCCUACUGCUAAGGAGCAACAAAGGCAAAAUGAUCGUGAGCUACGCAAAGCAGGCAGAGAUUUGGAACGAGAUAAGUUAGCUUUAGAAAGAGAAGAAAAGAAAUUGGAAAUGGAGAUAAAAAAAAUGGCAAAAGAAGGAGACAAUGAAGGAUGUAAAAUACUUGCUAAACAAUUAGUUCAACUAAGAAAACAGAAGACAAGAAUAUAUACAGCAAACAGUAAGAUAAAUAGUGUCCAAAUACACAACAAGGCAAUGGGUGCUAAUGUUGCAAUAGCUGGAGCAAUGGGCACUACGGCUAAGACCAUGGGCAGCAUCAAUAAGAUCUUAAAUCCUCACCAAGUUGCAAAGGACAUGGAAGCAUUCAAAUAUGCUAGUGCUAAAAUGGAUAUGACUGAUGACAUGAUUUCCGACACAUUGGAUGAUAUUAUGACUGAAUCUGGAGAUGAAGAGGAAACUGAGGGCAUUGUGAACAAAGUUCUCGAUGAAAUAGGCAUCGAAAUUACUGGAAAGGUUGCAAAUGCACCUUCUGUGUCACGUAAUAAGGUUGGCGAAUCUACAACAGACAUAGACAAGGAACUGAUGGCUCAGUUAACAAAACUAAAAUCAUAGAGCUUAUGCAUAUAUAAUAAGCAAAUGUAACUUAAAUUUAAUAACAAAAGUGACUGUCCAAAAAACUUUAAGUAACUACACUGCAACAACUCUUUAAGAAAUAUGUUUUGACAGUUUACAAAAUUGAAUUAAUUAAUUUUUAUCCUUAUACAAUGAAAUAUUGACUUGUUAGAUUCAUGUUUUAUUUAAUUACAAAUAUGGUUUAUACAAUAUGAGAUUUGAUUAUUUUUAACAACUAUUCAUAUAAGAAUGAAUUUAAUCUGUCUCAGAAUUAUGGUAUAAUACCUAAUGAUAUAUAUCUCUGUAUAGACAACUUUUAUUUUUAUUUAUUUAAGUUUCGAAUUGAAAUUAGUGAUUAAGAAUUUAUAUACACAUAUAAUGUAGUAAUGAAAAUAGUUUCACAGUUGUUUGAAAUUUUCUAAGUACUGGUAGGUGGUUAUUGCAGAGCAGAGCAACACCAAAAGGUAUUUUGGUUUACAUUUUUUUUUUUUUUUUUAUAGAAUAGGAAGGCGGACGAGCAUAUGGGCCACCUGAUGCUAAGUGGUCACCAAACGCCCUUAGACAUUGGCAUUGUAAGAAAUGUUAACCAUCGCUUACAUCACCAAUGCGCUACCAACCUUGGGAACUAAGAUGUUAUGUCCCUUGUGCCUGUAAUUACACUGGCUCACUCACCCUUCAAACCGGAACACAACAAUACCAAGUACUGCUGUUUUGCGGUAGAAUAUCUGAUGAGUGGGUGGUACCUACCCAGACGAGCUUGCACAAAGCUCUACCACAUGUACCACAGUACCACAGUACCACAUUAAAGGUAGCUUUGUUUAUUUUACUAUAAUAAUAUUAUUUAUGUAACAAUAAACUAUUGUAAUAAUAACACUAUAGUUAAAGUAUUAUUUGCUAUCAAAAUCACUAAGUUGUUGAGAUAUUGAUUUUAUUAUUAUAUUUAAAUCGGUUGUAAUUGUAAAAUCAAGUUUGGAGACGUUAGUUUUUUUCUAAAUGUGCAUUAUUUAUAAAAUAUAUUGUUAAUGUAUUUAAGAUUUUAAGUGGACUACCUAAGUGGACUAGUUUAAUAUUAAUGAUCAUAAAUUACAAUAAAUUGUUCUCAUGAAGUAAAAUUGAAACACUAUUAGAAAAUGUCUUGCAAAGCCUGAUUUUUAGUAUGUUUGUGUGUGUGAAACUAUCAUUGUCUAUGGUAUUAAAUUUUAUGCUAAAUAUACAAAGCUUUCAUUUAAGUCAAACAAUUUUUGCAUUAAUAUAUUUAUAAAAAAGUGUA